ACAAGAGCACUGAGAAACAGCAGAAAUAAAAGUAGAAAUUAGUAGAGUGUCUAUCCUCAUUAUAAUUUUGUCAGCUAAAAUUUAGUAAAUGCUUCUGGUUUGCUUUCGGGAGGAGGUGAUAUUUAAAAGCAGGCUGCUCAGCAGUCAAACGGGAGUACAAACAACUCCAAAAGCUUUGCCUAUGUUCUGUGCAGAUCAGCAGAACAAGGGAGACCAGCUGCAUUGAUUUUCGUUAGGGCCUGAUGACUAGGACAACAGCUUACUGUUUCGCUUAAGUGUUUGAACUUGGCCUCUGCACUGUUGCAUAUCAUCCAGUUUCACUGCUUCAUUCCUCAGGAUUAUCCAGCUGGAGAUGAUGAGGACAAGGUUUUGACCAGCUUUGGUUUUCAUGACAAUGGAAUUUCUCCUCCCCAGGAUGGAAAGUAAGAACCUUUUCCUAAGCCUACUGCUCUGCUACAGUUUGCUCAGAGCUGCCAAUUCUCAUCUGGUAAUUGAAGAGAAGACAGAAUGCAACCUGUCAAGGAGCAACAAAAUGAAUCUCUCAGAUCUUCCACCCAUCUCCAUAGUAGAUUUAACUAAAAGAUCCCAGAAAGUCAGCAGGAAAGAGGCAGAGAACAGGAAAGCUUCCAAGAAAAAUGCUCUGAAACCAAGGCCCACACCAGCUGCUGACUGUGUGCCAAACUUCAAAACCUGCAAACCACACUUGAAUUCAUGUUGUAACUACUGUGCUUUGUGCAAAUGCCGAAUUUUUCAGACCAUCUGCCAAUGUCUAAUGUUAAACCCAAAGUGCUAAGCCAAACUGGGAACACAAUACAGCUUCUGUCUUUCCUUAGUUUCUCAAGUGCGUAUUUCAAACUGCCCCAUGUGUAUAUCAAUCAAAGUAGAGAGCUUUGAAGCUGGCAGCUUGGAUUUUCCCCUCUUAAAAUUAAAUGGACAAUGUUUUUUUUUUUCAUGGGGUUAAUGCUAUCAUAAACAGGAUUUUUUUUCAGGGAGAAGAACAUCAGGGAGAUUGAUAUUGAACAGGUGUUUUUAGCAAAACUGACCUACCUUUUAAGAAGAGUUGUGGGUUCUUGCUGGUUUGGGGUUUUCUUGUUUGUCUGGGGCUCAUUUUUUUUUUUUUUUAAGGGUCAUAUUCACCACAGACUACAGUAUUGUCUAACCAGCACUGCAAAAUCUGCACCAAUGGCAUGCAAAUGGCCACACUAAAACAGAACUGGUUAAUCCAGUGAGGCACCAAAACUUGGGUUUGCCCACAAGGGCAGCACAGCACCAGCUUCCAGCACAGCCAAAAUACCACGCUAAAAAUGGAGGUUUCAAGGUUAAGUCCCUUUUCACACAUUCAGCAAAAAUCAGAACAAUUAUAUAUAUAGGUUAUUCUACCUGAAAAGACAGACUCAAAACACAAAAGCAAUUUUUUAAUCAUCCCUAGACGAGCAUCACUACAUCUACCUCCUGGAUUUUUAGUCAUUCUACCAGUAAUCAGUAUCUCCAAAGUGGAUAAUACACAUGUAUGUUUGAACCUUGAA